AACUGAUUAAAUCUAGGGCUCAUUUUCUUGGGAGAAGAACAACAGCCUGUACCACUCAGGUCAGGACUCCUUCUGCAGCUGAGUCCUCAUAGUUUUCCGUGUCCUUUACGGCGACAUCUCCAGCGAGGAGUACAAACUAGCAAUUUGUGGCGAGUAUUCAUAAUCAGAAGUUUGAAAAUGGUGGCAUCAGAAGAGAACAGUGCCCUCUUUCCAAUUUUUAUAUUGACUAUAAUGGCUCUGCCAUUGGUGCCUUACACAAUAAUCAAGUUAUGUCGUGCAGCCAGCAAAAAGGCCACGAGCAUCAAUUGUCCGUGUUCGGUUUGCUUCCGCUCUGGGAAAUAUCGCAAAUCUAUAUUUAAACGGAUCUCAAACGUUUCAACAUAUAGUAACUUGACCCUUGUGCUUCUUUGGGUCAUCAUGGCGGUUCUUGUUUAUUACAUCAAACAUAUUAGCCGCGAGAUUCAAGUGUUUGAGCCAUUUAGUAUUCUUGGAUUGGAAUCUGGAGCUUCAGAUUCAGAAAUAAAGAAGGCCUAUAGGAGACUUUCUAUUCAAUACCAUCCUGAUAAAAAUCCAGAUCCAGAGGCCCACACAUAUUUCGUGGAAUACAUUUCAAAGGCUUAUCAGGCUCUAACAGAUCCAAUAUCACGUGAGAACUUUGAAAAGUAUGGGCAUCCAGAUGGCAGGCAGGGGCUUCAAAUGGGAAUAGCCCUCCCUCAGUUUCUUCUUAACAUUGAUGGAGCAUCUGGAGGAAUACUAUUACUUGGGAUUGUUGGAGUUUGUAUUCUUUUGCCCUUGAUGAUAGCCGUUGUAUAUUUAUCAAGAUCAUCAAAAUAUACUGGAAAUUAUGUCAUGCAUCAAACAUUGUCUGCGUAUUACUACUUCAUGAAGCCUUCUUUAGCCCCAAGGUAUGCCAUCUCUUUUGUUCUGUAUGCUAUUUGAAGUUAUGAGGUAAUUAAAGUAAUUCACUCAAUUGAAUAUUUGAAGCUAUGAGAUAAUUAAAG